AUGCAGGGCCUCGCAGCAUCUUCCAGGCUGUCUCCGACCGUCCUGGUCGUGGUAUUUCUGCUCGGCAUGGCGGGUUCCGCCCACGGCCUGGAGAGGCUCGUCUCCAGCAACUCCAACGAGCCGUGCAAGAAGAUGACACUCUACUACCACGACAUCCUCUACGACGGCGGCAACAACACGGCGAACGCCACGUCGUCGGGGAUCACGAAGCCGACGGCGCUGAGUACGAGCCGCAGUAAGAACACCACCUACUUCGGCAUGCUUGCGGUGUUCAACGACCCGAUGACGGCGGGGAAGGCGCUGCCCGUGGCGGGGGAGGAGCCGGCGGCGCACGCGGAGGGGUUCUACUUCUACGACAACGAGAAGACGCGGGACAUCUCCGUGGUUGGCGGCACCGGCGACUUCUUCAUGGCUCGCGGCAUCGCCACGCUCAGUACCGACGCGUUGGAGGGCUUGUACUACUUCCGCCUGCGGAUGGACAUCAAGCUCUACGAGUGCUACGUCUGA